CGGUGAUCGGGACGCUAAAGACAACACACACUGCAGACUCUGCAUCAACUGGCUUCCCCUAUUUGGGAUUGGACUGUCUAGCUUACUCCGAAAACAUUAUGUCUCCUUUGCACGCUUAUAGGCCGCAAUAUCGGCAGGCCAAUACACCAAGUUGACCUGUCCCUCAUUUCUACCCACCACAACUGGCGCCAUCCUCAGCUAAUGAAGCAGCAUGCCCCUAUCUACCCCUUACCAGAGGCGUUGGUCGCACAACACCAAUGACUCAAAAGAGCUGCAAUUCCACUAAAGUCUGCACUGUUCAGACAACCGCCUUCCUACACCUACCCCGAAAGCAAUAUAGAGAGCUGCGCUCCCACCUACCUGUAUAAGCUGACAGCCCAAACCGACCACCCGAUAUCACCACUACAACAAUCUCCCCACACCAUGGCCUCCCCCGCGCAAGCCAUCACGCUCGAAGAGCACGCGAUAUUCCCAUCCCUCGAAAGCAACAACUUCUUCUACGACAACACAUGGAAGAUCUAUCCCGAAUGUCGCAACCUCGCAAAAGACAUCUCCAAAGCCCGCCUUGCCAAUAUGGACGCCGGCAACGUCUCCUACCAGAUCCUCUCCCACCUUCCCGGCGGCGUCGCCUCAACCGACCCCGCGCGCUGCUACGCAGCCAACAACGAAAUGGCCACCGCCAUAAAGCAACACCCAGACCGAUUCGGCGGCUUCGCAGCGCUCCCAAUGGCCCACCCCCUCGAAGCGGCCAAAGAACUCCGCCGCACCGUCACCGACCUCGGCUUCCUCGGUGCCCUAAUCGACAACCACCUCCCCGACGGAACAACCCACUACGACGACAAACGCUUCUGGCCCGUCUUCGCAGCCGCCGAAUCCCUCGACGUCCCCCUCUACAUCCACCCUUCCACUCCAUCCCAGGAUUCCAUUCAAUCCCGCUUCUCCGGCAACUAUCCACUCGCUGCAGAACUCGGCCUCGCGUCCGCAGCCUGGGGCUGGCAUGAGAACGUAGGCCUGCAUAUCCUGAAACUCUACGCGGCGGGAGUAUUCGAGCAAUACCCCAAACUCAAGAUAGUAAUCGGACACAUGGGCGAGCUGCUCCCGAUCAUGUUGCACCGGAUCGCGAGAUUGGGGUUUUUCAAGGGGUUGGCGGCAUCGAGACGCAAGGGGAUUAUGGAUGUCUGGAAUGAGAAUAUAUGGGUUACGACGAGUGGAGUGUUUAGUGUUGAGACGUUGAUGAUGCUGUUGCAGGUUACGAAGGUCGAGAGGGUGAUGUAUAGUGUGGAUUAUCCGUUCGAGGAUAAUGUUACGGGGAAGGAGUUUUUGAAGAAGGUGAGGGAGUCCAGGAAGUUGUCGGCGCGGGAGGUGGAUUUGAUUGAGUUUGGGAAUGCGAGGGAGUUUUUGAGGUUGGGGAGUAGGGCGUUUCUUUGAUUGGGUUGGGUUGGGUUGAGUGGGGGUUGGGUGAGGGGUGAGUGGUUGAGUAGAUGAG